GGAAGCGUUCGAGCGCUGCACCGCCCUGCGCAGUGCCCUUCAGCCCAGCGCCGGGAGGAGAAAGUUUAGGGCGAGGAACCCGCCGGUGGUCGUGGUGCUUCUCCUCCUCGUUGGCGGUCUGAGGCCAGGCCUCACAUAAGAACGGCCUCAAUAUGAUGGCCGGACGGCCGGGCCGAAGGCCCUUGGAGUUCCUGCCGGAUGAAGCGCGGAGCCUGCCCCCGCCCAAGCUGACGGACCCGCGGCUCGCCUACUUCGGCUUCUUGGGCUACUGCUCGGGCCUCCUGGAUAACGCGAUCCGGCAGAGGCCGGUGCUGACGGCCGGUGUGCAUCGCCAGCUUCUAUAUAUUACUUCCUUUUUUUUUGUUGGAUAUUAUCUUCUAAAACGUCAAGACUAUAUGUAUGCUUUGAAGGACCAUGAUAUGUUUGCAUAUAUAAAAUCACAUCCAGAGGAUUUUCCUGAAGAAGAUAAGAAAACGUAUGGUGAGAAAUUUGAAAAAUUCUACCCAGUGCGUUGAAGUCUUCAAAUCACUUUCUUUGGUUUCACUGAAAACAGUUAUUUCUGAAUUUUGUGGAGCAUGAUUUCAUGAUAUCUGAAGUUUAUAUUAACCUGUAUGUUAACACCUUGUGAUUAAAGUGAUCAUCAUGAA